ACACUGCUCAUAGCAGUUGUAUUGCAAGAAUCUGUCAUGGUACACAAAUACUUUUUGCCUCUCCAUUAUUAGAUCUAUUUUCUAUUCCGCAAAAGAAAAUUUUCAAUGAAAAAUCCAUUGGAAUUUCCUUCCGUCAGCGGUUCCAUAAGAAAUCAAUUUCGAUCCUCAUACAAGUGGGAAUUGGUCGUUACUUCCUCAAUCUCUAGGGGUAGAAAUGUCCUGAAUUUUCCCAGGGAAUACACCAGAAAUUGUUUAAUGAACUCUGAUAGGAAGAUCUAUCUUAUUGAUGUUUCAUCUGGAAGAGUUUACAAUUCAAAGAUUUUUACUUCAGGUCAAAAUAAAGAAAACAAAUAUGUUUACUCUUGUUGGAAGCAAUUUGUGACUGAGAACAAGUUGAAGUUCAGAGAUAAGGUUAUCUUCAAUGCCACCACCGGUGAUAAUGUUAUCCAAGUCCAGAUCCUGCGUCGUCGCCGUCGUUCAUGUUAG